UUUUGGUCCAAAAUUUUCACAUAGGCUGCACGUGCUUUUAUGAGCAGUCUAUGCGGUUCAAUUUUGUUGUAUUGAACAUGUCUGUCUCGAAUCAGGCAGCGGGAAGCUUCUGGCACGAUGGCUCUGUGUGGUUGUUCAUCUGUGCUUCCUCUUGGCUGAUUAAAACCUUGUUGGGGGUUUAAAACAGGGUUUAUUUCCUCGCUGGCGCUCAGAUUCUGCUUACUAUUUUUCCCGUUUCUAUACUUUAAUCUGUAUCUUCAUGAGGAGAUAGAACUUUAUUGAUUACUGAAAUUUGUAGUUGUUUGGUUCUCUAUUUUUUUUUUCUUGAUCGUUUGCUAGGGCUCGGUGCUUUAUGCUUUGGUCCUUGAUACCUUUUUCUACUCUGAGGAGCUGUGGAUGAUCCUUUUUCUGAUAGAUAUGUGGUACCUUCUCUUCGUGCGCAUAUAUAGAGUUUUAGUAGCCGUUGCUUUCAGUCUAGAUGCCUUUAAAUAGUGUUGUAGAGCGAGAGACUCUCCUGUAGAUUUGAAUUGAUUAAGAAGUGAGGUUGCACUUAAAACUUGCUUACCGAACAGUCUUCGCACUGGUUGACUGGUGGCUAAUGCUUUCUGUUGCACUAUAGCAUCGAAUAUUUAUGCUUUCCUUGGAUUUUUACGCCCAUCCAGCAUGUUUUUUAUGUACCCUUUUGCAUUUUCAGCUCUGGGUUUGACGAAUUGGGUAGUUUGGAGACUGGGAACUGUUUUUUCUUGUAGAGGGUUUUGACUUUCUAGGGUGGGGUUUAGUGGAGAAGCUCUGAAUCAGAGGAUAUGAGGGGCAAUGGGUAUGAUCAUUCUUUGAGAGAUAUGGAAGAGGAAGGCAGACGAAACCAAAAUAUGGACAAAAGUUCCGGCCCAACAGAAACCAUUGGUGUUAUUAGUGCAUCAGCUGCGGUGGAAAGUAAGUCUCCAAACGAACGGGUUGAUGCCGACUCUCUUGAUGGGAAGGCGAAUUGCUCCAUGCAGUCAUUAGUUUUAGAGACUUCACAGUCAAAAGAGCUAGACAUCAGUCCUUCGCCUCGCAGAGGUCUGGAUCAUUGUAUCGCUGCACCUGCUGGCACUCAAAAAAAUCUGCUAAUUGAAAGCCAUGAAUUUACAUUAUUAAGGUCCAUGACUGAGAAGAAGGAUACUCCAAGUACAAAGCAUGACCUAAAAUUGGAUAGAAUGUCAGAGCGUGAAAAGAGAAAACUGAUUGCAAACCUUGUCAAAAUCCAAAAUGAUGGGACAGUGGAGGUUGACAUAAAUAAAAGCGCACCUGUAGCUUCAGAAUUGUUAGAGCUCCGUGCCGUUGAAGAGAAACCUUCAAACAUUGAUGAUACCACUGCUGAAAUCAAUAAAUCAAUUCCGAGGUUGAAAAUUGCAAUGCUUGUGGUUGGAACAAGAGGAGAUGUUCAGACCUUUCUGGCUGUGGCAAAGAGACUCCAGGAAUUUGGUCAUCAUGUUCGAUUGGCAACUCAUGCUAACUUCUGCACUUUUGUAAAGUCGGCAGGCAUAGAUUUUUAUCCUUUGGGCGGUGAUCCUCGGGUAUUGGCAGGAUUCAUGGCCAGAAAUAAAGGUCUCAUUCCAUCUGGACCAGGAGAAAUAGCUAUACAGAGAAAGCAACUAAAGGCUAUUAUUGAAUCUCUUCUUCCAGCAUGCACAGAACCAGAUAUGGAAACUGGAGUUCCUUUUCGAGCCCAGGCAAUUAUUGCAAACCCUCCUGCUUAUGGACAUGCGCAUGUUGCUGAAGCUCUCGGGGUACCCCUUCAUAUUUUCUUCACAAUGCCUUGGACGCCAACAUAUGAAUUUCCUCACCCGUUGGCACGUGUACCUCAAAGUGCUGGUUAUUGGCUUUCAUACAUAGUGGUGGAUUUUCUCAUAUGGUGGGGCAUUAGAGGGUAUAUCAAUGACUUCAGGAAAAAGAAGUUGAAGCUUGCUCCUAUUGCAUAUUUCAGCACGUACAUUGGAUCAAUAACUCACUUGCCGACAGGCUAUAUGUGGAGUCCCCAUCUUGUGCCUAAACCAAGUGAUUGGGGUGCCUUAGUGGAUGUUGUUGGUUAUUGUUUCUUACAUCUUGGCUCUAAUUAUCAACCUCCAGAGGAGUUCAUGCAAUGGAUUCAGAAAGGGCCAAAACCUAUAUACAUAGGGUUUGGAAGCAUGCCUCUUGAAGAUUCCAAGAAAACUACAGAUAUUAUAUUGGAGGCACUGAAAGAAACAGAACAGAGGGCAAUAAUUGAUCGUGGCUGGGGAGAGCUUGGGAUUUUUCCAGAAGUUCCUGACAAUGUUUUCCUUCUUGAGGAUUGUCCUCAUGAUUGGUUGUUUCCUCAAUGUUCUGCUGUGGUUCAUCAUGGUGGAGCUGGAACCACAGCAACUGGACUAAGGGCUGGGUGUCCGACAACGAUAGUACCAUUCUUUGGAGAUCAGUUCUUUUGGGGUGACAGAAUAUAUCAAAAAGGAGUGGGACCCACACCAAUACCUAUUUCUGCCCUUACUGUUGAAGCUCUUUCAAAUGCUAUAAGAUUUAUGCUCCAACCAGAGGAAUUGACCACGGGGAGGAUGAUUGGCAGUGCUAAAUUAUUUUGACGACGGACCUAGCUCGAGUAGACAAUAUCAAAGUACUUGCUUAAAUUUUGUUUCUGUUUUCAAAGAUAAUGAUAUCAUGUUAUAGGUUAGGUCAUCCUAGUUUUCAAUAUUUAAAAUACUUGUUUCCCAAUUUCUUUCGGAAUAAAAGUCCGUCUUCUUUUCAA